AUGAUGCUCUUUGUGACGCAAUCAUUCGGAGAUGGCCUGUGUCAAUGUACGUGCUGUGCUGGAAAUCCCUGUACUCCAACCCUACAAGGUUCGUUGAUUGUUGGCAGUUGUGAUGGUACACUAUGCGUCGAUGGAUGUAAGUUGAACUAUCCCACAACAUGUGGGGCGAGCCCCGGAACUGUCGAUGGCGUAUGUAGUGCAAUAACAACGCCGUCCACAACUACCACGACUACAACUACCACAACUACAAUUACCACAACUACAACUACCACAACUACAACUACCACGCUUCCAACUACCACGAUCCCAACUACUACGAUUUCAACUACUACGACUACAACUACAACGACUACAACUACAACUGUCACACCUAUGACGACCACUCCAUUGACAACUCAGACUUCUCCAUCGACAACCACCACUCCAACAACUGUGACGACUUCAACAACAAACACGUCUGAAAAACCAGUUACUACUCCAGUAAUGACAACCGAAGCCACCUCAAAGAGAAAUCAUGCGGUAACAGCGUUUAAGGCUGAUCAAUGUGCUCUGUUUGUCGCAGCUGCGAUGGGAUUAUACAUGAAGUUAGCAUUAUAA